UAAUGGAUUUAAUUCGGUUCUGAAGAAAAUAUACUUCCAUUGAACUGAACGGACCAAACUCCUCCCUAAAAUGCUGCGUUUUGUUCAUUUUACUUUAGGGUUUACCAGUCCACUCUCUCUCUUGACGCUCGGUCUCUUCUCUCCACUAUCCACUCUCGUCUCCCCUAAAUCCCAAGUCUUUCUGCCUUUCUGCUUCUUAAAUCUCACUUCUACGCCUUUUCUUUGCCGCUCAACACUCGACAGUUGUGACUCGUGAGGCGUGUGUUCCGCGUGGGCGAGAGGCAACGGUGUCGGCACUUAAAGUCUUUAACCGAUGGUCCUGGCAUUCUCGACACCGCUCAGCCUAUAGAGAGACCACAUCCCUUCUCCCAUUCUUGAUUGUCGGUGUGACUCCACUCCUUGCCGCGAUACAAAUUGCUCCAUCUCCCUACUGAUUUUCUCGCCAAGAGCUUCUUUUCAUGCGUUCGACUCGUUUCUGCUGCUAUUUCUUUAAGAAUCCGAGCUCAUGCGUAUGGACACACAAUACAGCAGCCAAAACCUCGCAAGCCACGUCCCAAAGAUCCCAAGAUUUUAACUCACGUGAGCCCAUCUCAGCUAUCUUCACAUGCACACAAAACCCCUUCAAAGAAAAACCCCUAUUUUCUUUUUCGCUCACUAACCCAUGUUUUUUCUUUAUUGAAGUCUAAAGCUUUUUCUUUAGCCAUCCUUGGUCCUUAUGAUGCCUUUGGGUUCUGAAAUGCCAAUGUUAUUCAGCCAAUCUUCUAGCAAUCUGGCUAGUAGAUAUUGGUGUUUGACUAUCCUAUUUUUGGUGGUCUUAGAAACACAGAUUGCAUCUUCAGCUUUGAUAUUGAGCUUAAGAAAUCACCAUAAGAAGCAGCACAAUGCAAUGCCAAAGUUUCAAGCAAAUCAGAGCACUUGUGCAUUAUUUGUGGGAACUUGGGUUAGGGAUGACACUUACCCUCUUUACGAAUCAUCUAACUGUCCCUUUAUUGAGCCCCAAUUCAACUGCCAAAUGUACGGUCGACCGGACUCCGAUUACCUAAAGUAUAGAUGGCAGCCUCUCAACUGUGAACUCCCAAGGUUCAAUGGGAUUGUAUUUCUGGAAAAUAUGAAAGGGAAAACGAUGACAUUUGUGGGUGAUUCGCUUGGGAGGAAUCAAUGGGAGUCUUUGAUUUGUAUGAUAUUAGCUGAUAAUCCUUCUACUUCUACGCAAAUGAGCAGAGGAUUGCCUUUGUCCAUCUUCAAGUUCUUGGACUAUGGAAUUUCAAUGAUGUAUUACAAGGCUCCAUAUCUGGUGGACAUAGAUGUGGUACAAGGGAAGAGAAUCCUAAAACUGGAAGAAAUUUCAGGCAAUGGAAAUGCUUGGCACAAUGCUGACGUUUUGGUAUUUAACACGGGUCAUUGGUGGAUUCACCAAGGAGGUGACCAAGGAUGGGAUUACAUGGAAUCAGGAGGCACCUAUUACAAAGACAUGGAUCGAUUGGUUGCUUUGGAGAAAGCGCUAAGAACAUGGGCCCAGUGGGUUGAUUCCAACAUCGACUCUUCUUCGACUAGGGUUUUUUUCCAGUCUAUCUCUCCUACACAUUACGAUCCAAGUGAAUGGAGCUCGGUGGUGUCGGGAACGGCGACCACAAAAAAUUGUUACGGUGAGACGUUACCGAUGACCGGAACAAUGAAUCCAAGUGCAUACCCAGAUCAAAUGAGAGUGUUGGAUGAGGUAAUUAGGGAUAUGCAUAGCCCUGCAUAUUUGCUGGACAUCACAAUGCUUUCUGAGCUGAGGAAAGAUUGCCAUCCAUCUAUAUAUAGUGGUGACUUAACCCCUGACCAGAGAGCUAACCCUUACCGCUCAGCAGAUUGCAGCCACUGGUGUCUUCCUGGGCUGCCUGAUACUUGGAACCAAUUAUUCUAUACUGCUUUGUUCUUUUAAACCUAAUUAAUGCAAUCUCUUAAUUAACCAUUUCUUUUUACCUACUAAUCUUAAUCAAGGAACCAAUUGCAGCCAA